GCUUUAACAUAAACAAAUUCCAGCAAGCUGUUGGCGUUGCGAUCACUGUCAGUCGUCUGACCUGGCACUUUCCGCCAUUUAAAGAAUUUUCUGGACAUAUAUUACUGAAUCGUGACGUUACCAUCGAUGACUAUCAUCGAUUGUGUAUCAAACUUUGUUUACGUUUUGAUUAUGCCCUAAAAAUAUGACAUCAAGAACACCAAGGCGCACCACUCCUUCGAUUGUAAGUCAACACUCACAGGGUUCUUUACAGAGCUGGACCGAUGACUUGCCUGUCUGCCGUCACUCAGGGAUUGGAUACUCAAACAAUCAGGUCUACCGACAGGAUGGAGCCAGGAGCGAAGAUCAUGAAUUUGAAGACAAAUUCUUUCAUUUCAGGACGGAACAAGAUGACUACUUAUAUGCCAUAUUUGAUGGAUACGAUGGAGUAUACGCCCCAGGAUUCGCCCAUCAAGGUUUGCCUGCAGAACUACUGCUGGGCCAGCUCAGCGGGGUACACGAUGACGCGGAGGUGAAGCGUAUUCUGCAGAGGGCGUUUGUUACGGUGGAGCGAGGUCUAUUCGAGUCUUUGGAUCAUGUUGUCGCAGAGAGAGCCAAUCUGAAGCUCUCCCUUCCUGAUGGUGUUAGUGACUAUGAACUGUAUCAGAAGUAUCCUAUGGAAAUGGAGAAAUUCCAGUCAAUGACGGCAGAUAUCAGCGGUGGAACGUCAGCCAUUGUUACUUUAAUUCAUGAUAACAAGCUCUUUGUAGCGAAUGUAGGUGAUUCCAGAGCUCUUCUUUGCACUUUGGAACCAGACAACACGACCAAGGUUAGGCAACUUAGUGUAGACCAUACCACCAACAAUCACGAUGAGCUUCUGAGACUGAGUCAGCUAGGUCUAGACACCGAUACCUUACAAUCUAACAAGCUUCUAGGAGACAAGAUGGCUACCAGGACCAUUGGUAAUCACACAGUCAAGGGUGGCUACAAGGAGAACACUCUGCUAUGCCAAGCUUCAAGUGAACCCAUUCUAGCUGAACCAGAUAUUAUAGGUGGAUUAGAUGUCAGCAACAUGACUGGUUUCUUAAUGAUGUACUCAAACGGUCUCAGUCAGUCACUAAUUGAAGCUACGGGCACCUCUCAAGCCAACCUGGACCUAGCUUUCAUGGCCAUGUCCGAGUUUGAGGUUCAGGCGACCUUGAGCGGUGUUGCGCAAGCUGUUGUUGACAAAGUAGUCCGGAAACAUCACGACACCUACCUCUCGGAAGGGGGCCGCAUGGCCAAUUGCCAGAAGCGAGACGACAUCACUCUCAUCGUCCGCAACUUCAAUUUUCCUCUGGGAAGUCGCAUGUCAAGCCCUGGUGGAGCAGCCCCUUACAAUCCUGCGCCGAUACCGUUCUCGACCCCGAUACCACAGGGUGGGUCACAACCUCCAAGACUCACCAUCACGUCCGCCAACAGAACCCGCACAGACUCUCAGAGCUCACUUUCCAUGAUGACUCCGCUGUACAUCCAGGUCGACAACAACAAUGUGUCCCCCAUAGAUCAGCAGCGCUCUCCUUUAGGACAGUUUGUCGGUGACCUGACCCCGCAGCCGGGGAUUCCCCAGCCGUACUUUGAUGUCGACAUGCAGCACACCCCCCGCCCUACGUCCGUUGAAGUCGAGGAAGGGGUCGAAGAGGAAGAUAAAGGCGGGGACACAGAGAAUACUCGCACAUCAAGCAGUACAGAUUCUACCAACCAAAGCAGUACAGAGGAAUCUCAGAGAGUCUUUGAUUUCAACAGGCAUGAUGAAACCAAGGCAAAGGUAGAUGAGAACGGAAUGAUUGAUCCGUAUGUUGACUUCACAGACUUCUUUAUUGCGUACAAAGCCGUGUGUCCUGAUCCAGCGAUGGCUUCAUCAUGAAUUCUUCCCAGGAUAGAGAACUAUUUAUUGGAAUGCAUAAUAUUGAUCUACUGUAAGGGGCUUUCUCAGUUGGUCUUGCGAACAUUUGCAAUGGUUGUGUUUGUGCGAUGUAUUUAUUAUAACCGAAUGCUAACAAACUGUUACAUGAUUGAUGGGGGUUCCUGUAUGCAGCAUAGGGGAAUGGUCAAGAUAGUGUCAAUCUAACGUUGAAAUCUAGCUUGAGACAAAAGAAACUAACAAAACAACUUCCUUUAGAAUUUUAAAGUUAUAUCAUACCUGAAUCAUACCCAUACAAAAAAUGGAUGCAUGAAUUAAUUAUGAUGUUAAUUCUUUGAUUGAGUCAAGAUUUUACACUACCCAGUCUUGUUGAUUUAACUAAUAUAUGACUGUCAACCCUUUCUUACCAUAGUCUGCAGGCACAGACUUUUUGUUCUCAUAGUCGUGGAGCGUCGUGGCCCAGUGGAUUAGUCUCCGGACUUUGAAACAGAGGGUUGUGGGUUCAAAUCCCAGACAUGGCGUAAUUUCCUUCAUCAAGGAAUUCAUCCACAGUGUGCUGCACUCGACCCAGGUGAGGUAAAUGGGUACCUGCAUUCAACAACUUCAACAACAUUUGACAUUCAACAACUGUUGUCUUCUGACAACUUCCUUUGGUUCUGGUUGGCUAAAGGCCACCGCACACCUUACGACCCGACUGGUCGCCGACUGGCUUGCGACUGGGUGAGGGGAGAUGUGACGUCACAGCUCUUGUUAGCUUGAGCGUCGCAGACCAGAUGCACAGGUGUCUGAAUAUCACUGUGGUAAAUGUCGGAGACUGACUGAAAUUUGCCAAUGCAGACAAUUUUCAUGAAAUGUUCUUCAGAACUUCAUCUCCCAUUUCAGUGGGAUCUCUGCCAGCAAUGUACUACAAACACAUCCUGAGCAUUGGGAUUUAUUUGUGUGUGUGCCUUGAUCAACUUAUUUAUCUGCAUGUGUUUAAUUAUUAUGCAUACAAUGAUUAUUAUCUUUACCAGGGGCCCGUUGCAGAAAGAGUUGCAAUCAAUCGCAACUCUAAAAAUCAUGCCUAACUUGAUUUUCAGCCAAUC